AUGAUGUGCCGCAUCAGCUAUGUUGUCUUGUUUCAUUUGCUUCUGAAUGCCUGUUUUGCUUGUCUUUUAUGUCCACUGCACUUGCCUCCAAGACCACGUCCAAUCGAUCAUUUUUUAUUGCCGUCCGUUGAAAAUCUUGAGCUACCAGAAUCUGUUGCUGUACUUUGUAACAACACAAAAAAUUUACCACUUACCAAUGUUUGCGGUCAACAAGUCUCUGAAAUUGUUUGUUCAAUUUCUGAAUUUAUUUUUUCUCAAACCACAACCUGUAAUACAAGUGAUUCGCAGGAGCGAUGCGUUGAAUGUUUGCAACGGAAAUCCGUAAUGACAGAAAAAAAUUUUUGGGCUAUUUCUUGGUUAGAUUCUCUUGGGAAAAUGCCACCAGCAGUUAGCGAAGGGAACUACUACUGGUUUGGAGACUACGAACAAUGCGUUAAACUGAAAAUGUCUGGUGCAUUUGAUGGUCGGUACUGUCAAGUACUGUUGGAGAUACCGGACGCAACAAUUUUUCCAAACUGCCUUCAAGAAGAUCCAUUGGAAAUUCAUCUUGGAUUCUGUGGACCGACGGCUUGUUCAGUUAAAGAACUAGGCUCAUUUUUACAGUCUUAUUCCCAGUACAAGUUGAAAGUACAGUGCGAGUCUUCUUCAGAGUGGCCUUUCCCAGCACAACUCUUUAUAAGUCUAGUAACAAUUUGGAUAACUUUAGUCAUCGCCGGAACGGUGCUGGACAGUAAUGACAAAGAGCAGUUGGAUAACGGGCAUGUGAUGGAACUUGCACGCUGUGUAUCAUUGCGGUCAAAUGGUCAGAAGUCACUGACUACGAAGAGAGAACACGGAUAUCAUUCGAUUCAGGGAAUCCAAGUAUUGAGUACUGUAGUGAUCGUCACUGCAAACUGUUAUCUAAUUAUGAUGCCCUAUAUAGAAAAUGUUGUCUUCUCUUAUGAAAACGUUAAGCUUUUCUAUAUGCAUCUGCUCAACAACUUUACGUAUCACAUAGAUGGCCUUAUCGCUGUUCAUAGUCUCUUCUUUGCUUUGGUUUUACGGGAUGUUUUACCUGAUGCGGUGGAAAUCAAAAAGCAGUAUGUCUGGCGGCUAUUACAUAUACUGCCAAGUUACGCUUUUUUGAUAUUGUUCAUGACGCUGAUUUUUGACCAUCUCUCUUCUGGUCCAAUGUGGAAUCACGGCGAAAUGGUGGCUCGUUGUUCAAGCCACUGGUGGAAAAAUCUACUUUUUAUUGAUAACUUUUUUGGUGCUGAAGAAACGUGCUUGGAUAGCGGCUACUUAAUAUCACUGGAAGUUCAGUUUUUCUUCUUCCUGGCUAUUAUGGUGUAUUUAUCUCUGCAACAUCGUAAUGUCAUAAUCACAGCUGCCUGUUCCGGUUUAAUAUGUUCAAUUAUAUACACAUUUCUUAUCGUUAAUACUAGAUCUUUACCUCCCUCAAUUAUGCUUACAGUUGACCCAUUACCUCAACAUAGUGUAUCUACAUUUCUGGACAUGAUUUAUACGAAACCAUGGACGCGAUGCUCACCGUUUUUGAUCGGAUUUGUAUUUUCUUUCCUUUUCACUAAAAAAUCUCGGAUCAGCAAGAUCACGGCUACUGUGAUACACAUAAUUCUUAUCGGUGUUGCUUUCUGUGUAGCAUUCUUCUUGUAUCCUUAUGCUACUGAAGCUCCUGCUGAAGGUGUACUUUUAUCUCUGUAUGCAGCACUUCAUCGGCCUAUCUGGUCGGUAAUCGUUUGCAUGACUAUUUACCUAUGCUAUCGACGUUCUGCAGGAGAAUUUGGCACUUUUCUCGAAUGGCGGCUAUUUACCCCAUUAGCUAAACAAUCUUAUGUCGUUCUACUCAUAUCUGAACCAGUAUUUAAAUAUCUGUUUUCAUCGUUACACAGACCGUUUCAUGCUACUCAGUGGUCGUCGUUAUAUAUGGCACUGGGUACUUUGGUGUUAUCGUACAUAAUAGCCUUUACGCUAGAUAUAUUCGUGACAAGACCUAUUAGAAGUCUUAUUUGGUGUGAAUUUGAAGUAACAUUAAAACAGAAUUCUGGAAGUCGACAAACAGUUGAAUCUGAAGCCAGAUUACUGGGGAAGACGUCAGAAAUUGAGGAUGCUCAAUAG